AUGAAUUCGUCUGUGAUGGACUCCAACCAGCCAGCUCAGCCAAAAGACGCUGCCAUGUCGGCCAACGCCCCCCUCGACCUCGACGCGCAGAGCCCACCGCGCCCUCCUUUUUCUCCAUUGACCGAAGCCGCAACGGACUCGGGCACCCGCGAACCUUCAGUUAACCCGGGCGCCACGCUCGACCAGGACGGGCAACAAGACCAAAAUGCGUCCGCUUCAGCCACCGCCGACGCUAACCCGUCACUAUCUUCCGCGCUCGUCAACUCUAACUCCAGCUCCAACUUCAACUCCAACUCUUCCAACUCCAACCUUUCCCAUCUCAACGUCUCCCAGAUCAACGGCGCUUCAGCAAUGGACAAUGUCACCAUGGAUAUGGGCUUUGAUGCCGGCAUGGACAUGUACGGGCAGGGCAUCACGCCUGCUACCAACAUCCUCAUGGCCAUCGCCCGCAGUUAUACACAGACCCAACAGCAGCAGCAGCAGCAGCACCAGCAACAGCACCAGCGGCGACAAUCUCAACUGCCCUCUACCAUUCACCCCGCCCAGGUCUCACGAACUCACAGUGCGCUUGAUGUUCCCGAUUCGUUGAUGGCGAUCCCCGAACCUUCUCGAGCCCCGCCGCCUGUCGAGCCCCGGCUGGAGUCGUUUGCCAGGAUUGAGUUUGCCGACAGUGUGUUCCAGAUGACCACCUAUGCCGUCGUGAUCGGCCGUGACGUGCGGGCGCUGGAACUAGCAAGGAAGCAAGAAAAGGAGGAUGAGGCCUGGAGGCAGAUUGUCGAUCAGUAUGCGAGACAAGGUCUUCCGCCCCCCCCACGGCCAGAGCUCAAUCGUCGAAAGUUUACGAGAUCAUAUGUCAGCGAAGAAGGUGGCAUGCUGGGGCCGGAAUCCGAGGACGAGGAGUAUGUCCGGCCCGCAAAGCGUAGGAGAGUUAGUGUUGCGAAUUCGGCAUCCGGCGACUCGUCCAUGGCGCAACAGGAAGCUGCCAUGGCCGCCGAGCAAGCCGCGUUGAACGACAAGAGCCUUGCUGCCAACCGCCAAUACGUCUGGCACACCCCCGGUUCGGCAUCUGUCAACCUCAAUGCUCUAAGACCGUCCCCAUAUACCGUUCCCUUCAUCGGCAUUCACUCGCCCGGGCCAGACAUCGCCAAGAAGACAAAGGGGAUUUCAAGACAGCACUUGAGAAUUGAGUACGAUCAAAACGAAGGCGUCUUCAAAGCGUACCCAUUACAUAGAAAUGGCAUCUUUAUUGAUGAUAAAUUUCACAAAGACGAAGGCGUUACGCUGAGGAGCGGCAAUCGUAUCCAGAUUAAAGAGGUCGAGUUUAAAUUCAUCAUCAACGGCGUUGCCGAGGGCAAGACUGGUGCGGAGGAGGAGCCGCAGCAGGAGGCACCCGCAGCAGUCAACCGGCGCUACUCAGAGGGUGGCAAGGAGAUGAGUUUUGAUUUUGAGAGCUCCCACGACGCAGAAAAGGGGAGCACCAGCCCGGAGGAAGUGCCAGUGGAGGCAGCAAAGGAGAGUAGCGAAAGUGAGCUGUCGGAUCUGGAUGAAGAAAUGCCCGAUGCAGGGGAGCCGGAAGACGCUGAGGGCGAGGAGGACCAGGAAGUCAUGGAGACCAUUGAGCAGGAUGCCGAAGAACAACUCAGCCACAUCAAGCCUGAAGAUAUGACGCCCGAGAUGCUUGCUGCUUUGCCAUUGCUUCCACCCAAGAAGCGUGGACCUGGCAGGCCUCCCAAGAACGGCAUUAUGUCCAAGAGAGAGGAAAGAUUGCGAAAGAAGGCGGCUAUGGAGCUUGCAAAGAAAAACAUGCCGCCACCAACACCCGGCGAACCACCAGUAAAGCGCAAGGUUGGUCGGCCACGAAAACAUCCUCUCCCGGAAAACACGCCAGACCGGCCAGAGAAGCGCAAAUACAAGCCACGCAAAUCAAAGAACGGCGAGGAAGGCGAGAUGUCGGAGACGGAAAAGACGCUCGAGAAGCGAAGGCGCGAAAAGCCCAAGACGCCUCCUCUGGAGCUGAACAGGGCAGAUUACACAGAGGAGCAGCUGCAAAAGCCCAACAAGAAUUACGGCAUUCUCAUCGACGAGGUCUUGUCCGCAGCCCCACCCGAUGGGCUGACUCUCAAGCAGAUCUACAAGCGCAUCCAGAUGAAGUAUCCCUUCUACUAUUUCACAGUAGACACCAAGGGCUGGGAGAGCAGUGUUCGGCACAAUCUUAUUGGCAAUGUUGCCUUCAAGAAGAACGAGGAAACCCACUUGUGGGCCCGGGUACCUGGGAUUGACAUCGAUGCUGGCAAGAAGCGGAAAGCCGCGUCUCCGGAUCAUUCCACGUCGAUUCAUCCAUUUGGCCAGCACUAUCAACCAACCGCAGCUCCUCAGGUGCAGCUGUUUCACUCGGAGGCUGGUGCGCAGCAAGGGUACCGGCCUGGUUCUGGGCCUCCUCCACGUCCUGGGUAUUCGGCUUCUCAAAGUCAGAUGAAUCUCGGCCAGCAUCCUCAUCAGCAGCUCUCGGCGCAGCCCGUCGGCGUUGGUGCUCAACAAGCCCUCCACCAGCCCUAUCAGAGCACGGCUCAAGGGAGCGGUAUCCCCCAGAUGGCCGAUCAAGGGGCAGCCCAAGGUUCCCGUCCCAUACCCGCCAACCCGCAAGCGACGGCCUAUUCGUCACCGUACGCAUCAAGGCCCCCUCCAUCGGCGUCGCCUCAGGCUGGCAAUGUGCCACAGAGUGCUCAAAGGCAACAGCUUCCGCAUCAAAACGGAGCAGCUCCGCACAACGGUGUGCCUCAGCCCAGCAAUGCGUCUCCGCACCCUGCAUCGGCGGUGGGAGUCAAGCCAGGCCAACCUAUCAGUACCAGCGGAACCCCAGCCCCGAUCAAGCCUUCUAUCCACCCAAGGCUCGUCGAGAUUAUCCGAAACUUCAGGAAAACAGUUACUUCGAUCGGUGCAAUUCGUUCUAAUGUGGGAGAUGCAGGAGAAGCUAUUGCCAUGUCUGUGAUCAAUCGCGGUCUCGGGUUGGCCAACCAGUCUACUACGCCGACCUACGAGUCUAUUGAGAAGAUUGUUCUCAACGUGUUUGAAUCCCAGACAGCCAAGCAGUUGGUCGGUUAUGAGAUUGCGCCAAAGCUGAUUGAGAGGUUAGUCUCCUUCAAGAGGCAGAUGAUCAACACUUUGAAGGAUAAGAUGAAGCCCCUGGAGGCGGAGCAGCUGGUGCUGUCAGCCAUCGACCGCGUUCUCGGUUUUGCGGACAAGAGCAUCAUGCAGGGAACCGAUGCACAGAAGACAUCCUACGAGCUCGCAGAGGGUGUUUUGAUGCCAGCGGUGCAACGCGAGAUUGCUGCCCAUGGCAAGGAAGCAGCUGCUGCCUCCAUGCCGCCUACCCCCACGCCAGCCCCUUCACAGGUGCGGACGCCUGCGCAAAUGCCGGCGCCGGGUAAGCAUCCCUCGACUCCGCACUCGACUGCAGCACACCAGUCCGCCACUGCUGCGCGCCCCAGCUCCGUUCCGGCGGCCCAAACCCCUGUGCAGAUGCAGAAUCAACCCCCAAGGCCAGUCUACACUCCGGCACAGCAAGCCCACAUGGCACAGCAGCAGCCCCGAGCAACUGUAGGGCAACCUGCGCCUGCUGGAACUUCGAAUGGGAACCCGAUCAAUGCACAAUAUAUGAAUCAGAAUGCGGUCUCUGGCUCUGGUGCUGGGCCCGCCGGCGCGCGGCCUAUUGAUCAAGUUGCACCUGCACCUCAGUCCCAAGUUGCUCCGGCACCGGUCGCCCAGGGUGACGUCCCGGCGAGAUCUCAGGCUUCAGCGGGCUCUGCUACUAGCUCGAACCAGAACAGACCACAGUCACACGGGAUGCCGGUUCAGGCGUAUCCCCAUCUCCAGGCAGCGCAGGCUCAAUAUCGGACACAGGCCUCAACUCAAUCUCAGCAGCAGAAUCCCGCGGCGGCUCAGCAGCAGAACCAACAGCCACGGGUUCAGCCAGGACAGGCACAGCAAGCACCGAGCUACUCAGUACAGAACCAGCAGCCACAGCAACAGGCGCAGAAUCAACAGGCAGCUCAACAGAUUCAGAACCGUCCACCUCAGAGCCCGGCACCAACCCCAGCCCGGAUCCAAGGGCAGAGUCACCCAGUUCACGCUCGGCCAGCGCAGGGUGGGCAAUCUCCUCUUCAAGUUCCGAGUCAAAUUCAGGGCCAAGUUCAAGGGCAAGUCCAGGGCCAGAGUCAGGGGCAAAAACCGGUUCCAGGACAGGGGCAGGCUCAGAGCCAGGCACCAAAUCAGCAGACACCGGUUCAGCAGACCCAGGGACAGUACCAGCCUCGUCCACAGGUUGCGGUUUCGGCUCAGCAGGUUCAGCAACACGCGCAACAGCCCUCACCACAGCAGGCCCAGCAGCAGGCGCUACAGCAGCCUCGUACUCAGCCAACACAGGCCCAACCGGUUCAAGCCUACCAAACCCAGGCGCAGCAAGCCCGUGUUCAGCAACAGCCGAUUCCCCAGCAGACAGCUCGACAACAACCAGUCCAGCAGCAGCCUAUUCAGCAAGUUGCUCAACCGUCCGUCCAGCCGUCUCACAUUCAGCAAGCCCAUGUCCAACAGCCACAGGCUCAGCAUGCCCAAGCUUCGCCGACACAAGCUCAACAGCCUCCGACGCAGCAGAUCCAGGCUCAGCAACCGCUUGUGCAGCAAGCUUAUGCUCAGAGCUCCUAUGCCAGGCCCACUACUCCGGCUCAGGCUGCUCAAAUGUCGCGGGCCCAAGCUCGCCCACAGGUGCAGCCCCAGGGUCCCGUCCAGGCUCCAAGUCAAGCUUCCGGUGCAUCGCCGGCCCCUUCUCCAGCACAAAAGCCUGUGCCAAGGCCAGCUCAGGUGUCAGCCCCUCGAGUUCCUUCGCCCACCACCCAAGCUCAGCCAAGUCAGGCUGCGGUCCCUUCCAUCCAGUAUGCUGCUCCGCUUCAGAACCAAAUGCCUGCUCAGACCCAAGCAUCUGCCCAGCAGCCAUUGUCUACCACUCAACCUCAACCUUCAAAACCUUGGGGUCCAGCGGUCCCUAGCCCACCCGCGGCCCAAUCGAACAAGCCAUCCCCUCAGCUCUCUUCGCAGGCGGCUCCUUCUGCUGCCUCCAAGGUCUCGAUCCCGGCUCCGACAGUCACGGCGCCAUCAGCAUCACCAAGUCCAAUUCAGCGUCUGGCUCCAACGCCCGGCAUGAUUCCUUUGCCGCCAAAGCCCCCGGCUCCGGUUGCUACACCGCCCCCUCAAGCAUCUGCUGCUUCUGCGGAUUCUGUUUCUAGUGCUGCUCCAGCUUCCAGCUCGGCAGCAGCAUACAUCCCUCCGCCACCGACACCAACACCGCCGGCGACGUGA